GGCUGGCUACUGUGAUGCCCUCGGGGCGACUGCCUGGGGCCUGCUGGAUGUCGCUCGUCUUCCUGCUUCUCAUCGGCUGUCUGCUGCCCGCAGGUGUCCAUGGGCAGUACUCACUGCGAUUUGAGCCCCAGGACCUAGUGGUACCUGAUGGAGGGUCCAUCUCGGUAAACUGUAGUACAGAUUGUCCCCAUUCUCGACCCAUCCUCCUGGAGACCUUCUUACCCAAGAAGUCGCUGGGUCAGGGCUUGGGCUGGGCAGCCUUCCAGCUCAGCAAUGUAACCAAUGACAGCCAGAUCCUCUGCUCCACCUUCUGCGACGGCUCCCAGCUGUCAACCUCUUCUAACAUCACAGUGUACCGGUUCCCUGAUCGCGUGGAGCUGGCCCCCCUGCCCCGCUGGCAGCCCGUGGGCGAGAACCUCACGCUGAGCUGCCAGGUGGUGGGCGGGGCGCCCCGCGCCAGCCUCACGGUGGUGCUGCUCCGCGGGGAGGAGGAGCUGAGCCGGCAGCCGGCCGUGGGGAAGGCCACCCAGGUCAACGUCACCGUGCUGGCCCGCAGAGAGGACCACGGCGCCAAUUUCUCGUGCAGCACCGAACUGGACCUGCGGCCCCGAGGGCUGGGACUGUUCCAGAACAGCUCGGCCCCCAGGCAGCUCCGAACCUUCGCCCUGCCCAUGAGGCCCCCGCGCCUCGAUGUCCCCAGGUUUUUGGUGGGAACGUCGUGCCAGGCGAACUGCACGCUGGACGGGUUGUUCCCGGCCUCCGAGGCCCAGGUCGAACUGGCGCUGGGGGACCAGACGCUGAAUCACACAGUCGAGAGACGCGGGGACAGUAUCACAGCCACAGCCACAUCCACAUGGAGCGCAGAGCAGGAAGGCACCCGGGAGAUCGUCUGCAGCGUGACCCUGGGGGGCGAGACCCGGGAGACCCGGGAGAACGUGACCUUCUAUAGCUUCCAGGGGCCCAUCCUGAACCUGAGCGAGCUCAGCGCCCCGGAGGGGACCACAGUGACUGUGACUUGCGCGGCCGGAUCCCGAGUCCAGGUCACGCUGGACGGAGCUCCAGCCGUGGCCCUGGGGCAGCCUGCCCAGCUUCAGCUAAACACCACGGAGACGGACGACAAGCGCAGGUUCUUCUGCAAUGCCACCCUCAAAGUGGACGGAAUGACCCUGUACAGGAACACGAGCGUCCAGCUGCAUGUCUUGUAUGGUCCCAAGAUUGACCGAGCCACAUGUCCCAAGCGCUUGAAGUGGAAAGAUAAUACCAACCAGGUUCUGGAGUGCCAGGCCCGGGGCAACCCGAAACCGCACCUACGGUGUGUGCACCAGAGAUCCCAGCUCGAGGUGCCCGUCGGGACCUCAUUCCUUGUCACGUUGAACUACAGUGGUACCUACUUGUGCAACGCGGCCAGCUCACGGGGCACGUACAAUCUGACCGUGGUGAUGAGGGUUCAAGAUUCGAACUCCGCAGUCGUCGCACUCAUGGUGGCGUUAGUGAUCCUGGGCCUGGUGACUGUCUUAACGGCCUUACUGUAUGUCUUCGUGAUCAAGAGGCAGAGUGACACCUACCAAGUGAAUCCGAGGAGCCCCACCUGGUUGCCCCUCACGUCUAGACAGCCUGACCAAGCAGGGGGGGAGGAGCCAUCCUGAGCCUCAGGCCGCGGGGAUACUAGGCCAAAGACGACGGGGAUUUGGCCGUAGCCCCGGGUUGCGCACCAAUAAAACCUUCAAAAUCCGGGGUCUGUGGCUUGAUUGCAC